GAAAAAUUACUCGUAGUGAAAAAAACGGGACUUGCACAGUUAACAUUUGUGGCGGCACGCAAUAUUACAUUAUUUUAGAAAACUAUUUAUAACUUAUAAAAAAUGUAAAAUAUUCAAAUUAUUUAGACUAUAAGUAAAAAACGCGAAGGUAUUUGUUGAUAUUUUGAGCAUCGGAGCAGCGACCAUGUCGUCUAUAUUGGAUAUGAAGCCUGGUCCGCCCGACUAUUGGGCGGACAUUUACAACUUCUUUCUGCCGCUAAAAUACUUCAUCACAAAUGACCGGUUCGAUGCCUUGAUGCAGCAUGUGGACUUGAAUUAUUUGCUCAACGCUAUGUUUUGGAUAUUCUUAUUAUUCGCCGGAGGCUUUAUUGGAUUCUAUAAAAUAUUUGAGGUUUUCCUCAGAACAUCCAAUAUAAAAUUCUACAAGCGCAAACAAUUUGCUCGAUCAGUGUGGAACAUUGCUUUUUAUGCCGCUUGCACACUCUUCCUAUACUUUUACAAUGAAUUUAUGUUGCUACCGCAACUGUUUAAGAAUCAAGGCAGAUAUUCAUUGUUCUAUUCAUCAGAGAAUAUGAUAUUUUAUCAAUCACAACAAUGCGAAAAAUUUCAAUUCUAUUCGCUUUUCAUCAUAACAUUUAAUCUACAUAACGCCAUAUUGGAUUUUAAAGAAUCUGAUUAUCUAGAGGCUUGCUCGAAGACGCUAUACUUGCUUGCAUUGGGAGCUAUUGAUGUGUACAAAUAUGAAAACUAUUUUGUUGGUCUGAAUCUCAGUUUGGGCAUCUACAAUAUACUUACGGAAUCUCUCUUUUUGCUGGCCUUAAUUAAUUCGAAAGGCAGCCGUUUAUUGUUUCAAGUGUUUUUGGGACUACGCAUCGCUUCGUGGUCCCACGUAUUCAUCAGCUUGCUACCAUUUAAAUAUUUAGUUCCUACAUUGUUUGCCAAAAACUUUAAAAUAAUGUUAAAUGUUACGAUUUGGCUGUGGUACGGUCUGUCGAUUUGGAAUUCGCCAGUGCUCCAGUAUUUCUAUCAUCAGAUUUAUCACACUUCACCGUCGGACUGCUCGGGCGAAGGUUCUGCAGCAAAGUGCAUCCUACUGAAGGACUCGAGUGAACAUCGUCAUUUUAAAACGCUUAAAAAAGCUUAUAUGGAAGUAAAAUUAGCGCAAGAGAAAUUGAAGAUUAGCUCUCUAGCCAACUCGUCUGGUUCAGAUAGUUCCUGCACAUCGGCCAAAGCUUUUCAGGCUAUUAAAUGCAUAAUGACGCUAAAGCGCAAAUUGAAGCGUAUACGCGAGGGUCGUGGCUCUGAGAUGGAGAAUGACACCGAAGAUAUGAAUAACGAAUAGAUGCGAGCCACUAAGCUGACAUUUUGUGUCGUUGAACCUAAACAAUGUUAAAAUAUGCAAUGUUGUUUGUUGUUAUACACAUAUUCCCUGUGUGACAGUACUGCAGUGAAAAUUGAGCCUAACCCCAUAAGACUUUAUUUAUAUGCUGUAAAACUAAAUCUUUAAUAUUUACUUUCCUUUUAAUUUUUAACACUAGACUCUCUAUUUUGUAUUACCUACUAAUACCACUUUUACACGAAAUCAUUAUUUUCGUUCCUUUAUAUGUAAUAAUUAUUUAUAAUUAUGUAAAAGACACUUUUGUAUUGCAAAUGUAAUAUGCUAGUUUUACCGCUCUUUUUAUCUACCUAAAAUUAUUGUAAUUACCUUGAAAAUAUUGUUAAACUCGUAAUAAACACGCAUAUACACUUUAUAUUAUGUAUAAAUAAUAAAAACGUUAAAAAUAUAUUUAUUUGUUGUAUGUUAAA